GAAGCGCUCUGAGACGAAGCACGCACGCGAGGGGCAGGUUAAGUAACGUCACAGUUGUUAUCAUGUUUUGGAUCGAGAAUAAACUGCAACUGAUACUGCAAAUGUCAAUCGCCUCCUGGUAACCAGAUAGGACGUCAUAAGUAAUUUAUCUUGAUCGAUUCAUAUUACUUCGCUUUGAUUUUUUUUCUCAAUUUAUGAGCGACUUUGUCGGAUCCCACAGAUGGCGAGAGGCACCCUCCGCUGGGUUUGAUAUGGGAAUGGGAUUUACGUCAGCGAAGAUUCUAAUAUUUUGUGCAUGUAUUACAUUAGUGUCCCUGGCUGUGGCAAGAGACUCAGUGGCGGAUGUGAAGUGUGAGAAUAUUUACAGGGACUUCUCUGACUGUGUUCUGGAGCUGGGGGAGAGCAUGGAUAACUACCAGGAGAAUGUGACCAGCGAGAUGGGAGUGGAAGCUGUGUGUAGCCACUGGGAGGCGUUCCACACGUGUGCCCUGACGGCACUGUCCGGGUGUCAGGAGGAGGUGGGCUCCAUCUGGGAGACCCUAAGAGAAGACUCCAGGAAGAUCCGCUUCCAGGGCAGCCUCUUUGACCUGUGCAGCCCUAGCUCGGCCCCAAGCCUGCGCUCGCCUCAACCCCCUCUACCCCUGCUGUUCCUGGGCUUGCUGAUCCUGGGAGGGCCCAUCUGGCCCUCCACAUAGGUGGGGGAUGCCUCUCUCCUCCUCCUCGCUUACGCCCCCAUGCGCUCUCACAUUCCCCGAGGCGGGGUGAGUAGCGAGACGAUCAGUGAGUAGAGAGGGGAUAUGGAUUGAAGAUUAGGUUAGCAUACAUAGCCAUGUCUCUAUGAAGACACAAUUGAUAUCUAUAGUACUGGGUAAUCAGAAGGCUAUGAUAUCCCAGAGCCAUUUAUGUCUAUGGAGAGAUGAAUGGAUACCUAUGGCUCUGGGUUACCCACCAUAGAUGUCUAUGGCACUAAGUAAUUAUAGGGUUAUGUUAUCAGGGCCUUAGAUGUUAAUGUCAUCAAUAUCUAGGAGUCUGGAUAAACAUACAUAUCCAAGACCCAAGCAAUUGUAAUGAAAUGACCUACUACAGUAUACGCCUAUGAAAAAAAGCCAUCGGUCUGUUUUGUUGACAAUCAAAUUAACUCUUUAUAAACAAUGACCUUUUGACCCCUACACACCAGCCCCAAAUGGUUGGAGUUGCAUGGCUGCUAUAAUGACACCAAAAAGGUAUUUUCUGUAUGUUUGCUCUCUUAAACCGUUUCUUUGGUCAUCCUGUUAGUCAGUAGGUGCUGUUAAAGUCAGGUAAUGCUCUUAACUGAAAAUAUUGUAAAAAAUUGUUGAGGUAGAUUAUGCUCUGAUCUGAAAAUAUCAUUCCUUGCUUUAUUAUGCACCUUACAGUAAAAUGCCUAAAUUAUUGUUAGUAAUUGUGGAUGAAGGACAAUAGUCUAGUUAGUUUCUCUCUUGCCAACUAGUUAUUGUACCUGAAAAUGAUCGCUGGUUAUGUGAGAAUGUUCAGCGUUGUUUUAUGAACCUGUGUUUUGUAUGGAAGUCCAAGUGUUUGGCUGUUAAUUCAUUUUAUAUCAUUGACUCCACAACUAUAUACAAUUGUACACAGUUCACUUCCAAGCACAUUCACCCUUACACAAAACGCACAGUAUACUGAGUAGAAAUAAAGAGAGGUAAUGCCACAAAUAUUCACUUUAUUAUGGAAGCUAAAAUAUAUAAGACUUAAGUCAUAGGAUUCUCCUAUGGCACCACCCUGCAUUGUUAGGGCUAAUGCCUCAAUGCAUUACAAUAUUUGAUUUUGUCAACAGUUGUAAUAUAACAUCAAACUGAGUCAAUAUAAAUGUAAAAUGUAAGUAAUUUGUAGUUUUAUAGCAACAUGUGGUGUUAUUGUAUAGCUUCUCCGUUUCUACUCUCAGACUGAAUAGGCAAUGAGGGGUGAAUCCUGACUUUGGAAUGUAUGCCUUUCCUACACACUUCUCAGUAUAUUCAGACUUACCUUAUUGAGUCGCGUAACGCGCUCUGCAGGCAUGGAUACAUUGCGCACUCUGAAUAAAUGUAAAACCCUCCCACUUGCUGGCCACCAUAUUUUCUAGAUGAGUUUUCAUUCAAUGGUGUUUUCAGUACAUUUAUCUUAAGCCAUCCCUUUAAAUACAGUGUAACUUAUUUUUUUAAAUUUCACCUUUAUUUAACCAGAUAGGCCAGUUGAGAAAAAGUUCUCAUUUACAACUGCAACCUGGCCAAGAUAAAGCAAAGCAGUGCGACAAAAUAAAAAAUACAGUGGUUUGAGUCAAACUGAAAGCUGUCAUAUUCAAGUUCAAUCCAUAUAAUAUUGGAAGGUGGAAAAAAAGAGUACAAUAGAGGUUGAACAAUAAUCCUAUAAAUCUACUCUAAAUCCCACUAAUCAUGGAAUUGUGUGACAACAGUCCAGUCGUGUGUUCUUAGUUCCAUAAUGAUUCAAAUAGGCUAUACAUGUCCCAAUUUAUUGCACAGCGUUAGCCGAAUAUGAUCCACUAAUGCUAGCAACCCUCAGGAACAAUUUACAAGGACACGACAGAGGAAAGAAAGGUAAACGGAAUGGAAUGAAAUGAUGCAAAAAUAAAUGUAUGUGGGUAUUACUGACGGUGGCUCGCGAUAGUGGCUAAUAUUUAACGUGAUACAAAUUGUAAAAUAAAACGGAGAAAAGCCUGGGCAUAUAAUAAAAACAUUCUAAAGAGCAUACAUCAACUUGGCAGGUUCAGCCCUACAGAAGCCUAUAAACUAUGGUCUCCAAAUUUCAUCAAUGCAAAUUUUGAGGGCACACAAUUACAAUUCUGAAUAAUGACACAGCAAUUUUUGUUUUCUAUUUCACUGUGUUAAAGGGGCGGCAAUACAUGUCAUGUUGAUAUGAUUUUCAGUUUGCUUCUAUAUGGCUGGUGUCACAUUUGUCUCCAGGGAUUAUAAGAAAAUAUUAUCUAAAACAACUGCCAUGUUUAUUUACAAUCCCCUUCUCCAAACGGAAUACUCAUUUACCUAGCUCUUAUUAAUAGCUCGUAUCAAUAUAUAAAUUACAGUGCAUGGAGAAUGCUGUUAUUUAAAUUAGAAAAAAAGAAAGCAGAUGCUUUUUCCACUUGGAACUGUCAGGCUAGCUUGACCUUAUUCAUGGUUUCCUCGCACGUUAAAAUGGCGGAAUUAUGAGGGGAAUUAAAUCAAGGUCAAAAUACGACGUAUCCGUAGACACACCUCCACCACACCUUCAUUUAUUCGAGCUCCACCUCAAACGAAUAGCAGGUGAAUAUCAUGCUCUUCUCAAGCUUAAAUUCAAGGUCAUAAUAUGCAGAGAGAAAAGCGCAUAAAAAGGUAAUUACCUUCCAUUUGCGCACGCUUAACUUGGGUCGGAAUCGAGGCCUUAGUACUGAGAUUUUUGUGCAAAUCUCUCAUUGAUAAGAAUGCAUGAUUUACGCCUAAACUAAAGCUACAUCCACAUCCAUGUAUCUUAAAUUAGGAUUUGACCCAGAGAGAGCAUGUCAAAAUAUUCACACUGCUUCAGCCAACAUAGGACAUUCUUCUUGUAUUCUUUUGUACCCUCCCAACAGUACCUAUAGUAUGAAUGGAUCUCCCUCUGCAUGGUUGUGUCUAGAUAUUAGGUUAGAUAUUCAGUUGAAAAUACAUUCCCAAGAGACAUCCUAUCCUCUAUCAGCAUGUUUGUACUGGUUGUCCUCCACACCUAGUCUGUACUCCUGAUUGUGGUAGCACUCUGUCACCCAAUCUGUGUGCCUGGUGGCAAGAGUCCACAUUUGUUUUUGAGCAAUGAGCAAUAUGUAUGGGAAACACUUGAGGGACCAACUACUUUCCUUUUCUGUGAGAUCGGCAGCUAACGAAAGCAUGAAAAAUAUCACAUUAUUAAAGGGAGAUAUCAUAAACACUAAGCAUAUCAUUAUGUAUCACUGAUUAUUGAAAUGAUUACUGCAUAGAAAAAUAGGCCUACAUCAGGAAACACUAAUAAUUCAAAAUGUAUGUGGUUUUUCAGUGAUACAAACUACAGAGUACAUUAAGUAUUGUAUUGCAAUGUAAUGUUUGAAAUAAAGUAUCAAGUUUGGAAA